AUGUUUGGAAAUAAAUGGAGUUAAGCAAAAGAAGGAGCUUUAAAUUGUAUAAAGUCAUUAGAAAACACUGAUAGUGCAAAAGUUAGUGUUAUAAUCUUUAACAACAAUGCAAGAAUAGUUGCAGAAUGUUAAAAACCCAAUUUUUAAGAAAUGAAUAACAAAAUUGUUUAUUCAGGAGGUGGUACCUGUUUUGAACCACCAUUCAAAUUAGCUCUAAAAUUGAUUAAAAAAUAUCAUAACUUUAAUAAGUAAAUAAAUUAAAAAUAUUAGAAUUUAAAUAUUAUUUUAUACUGAUGGAGAAGCAAGUUAUCCAUAAAAUGCAGUUGAUAAAUUAUGUUAGCUACAACAGGAUAUAAGAAGAUUAAUCAGUAUAACAGCCUGUUCAGGAGAAAAAUAUUCUCAAUAAUUAGCACUAUUGAUUGAGAAAUUUUAAUAAUAUAUGUAAUCAGCCGAAUUAAAAAAUUCUGUUGAGCCAAUAGAACUUUAAGAAGUUUGGACAGAAGUAGUAAGCUAAAAUAUUCAUCAUUAACUAGCAUGA